CUCCGGUGGUCCCUAAAACUCCAACCAUUUCGGACACUUUUCCGUCACCGUCAUUGCCACCUCGUCUCGUUUUCCAUCAACACAAACCCCCAUAGUGGUGUUUUACAACCCUUACCCUCUUCAUUAAGGAAGCUCUCCAGUCUCAAGACUAGUGCCCUCGCGAUUAACAAGGCAACCAUGUCUCGCGGCGGCACCACACUCUACGUGACCGGCUUCAGCCACGGCACACGCGCGCGAGACCUCGCGUACGAGUUCGAGCGCUAUGGCCGCCUUGUUCGCUGUGACAUCCCGGCCCCCCGAUCUGCGAGCAGCAGACUCUUUGCAUUUGUCGAGUAUGAGGAUCGGCGCGAUGCCGAUGAUGCUUAUCAUGACAUGCACAAUAAGCGCAUCGGACGCGACGACAUUCUAAAGAUCGAGUGGGCCCGUACUCCCCCCUCUGCUUCCUGGCGCUUUGAUCGCAGUGACCGCGACCGUGACCGUGAUCGUGAGAGGACGACCGCACGUCGCUCGCCGCGUCGCCGCACUCCCAGCCCGAGACGCAGCACCCGCGACUAUUCUCCACGCAAGGACGAUCGUCGCGACCGGGACCGGGAUUAUGACCGCGAUCGCCGUGACGUCCGCGACCGCUCUCGCAGCCCAGAUCAACGUGACCGGGACAGGGACAGCAAGGAUGAUCGGGAUGACCGCCGCGAGAACGGUGCUAAUGGCGAUGACCGCAAGGCUCUCGACACUCCUCCGCCAGCGCAUGACGACCUCGACGUUGCCGAGUAGUAAACACGGCGCCCACUCAAUCAUGGUUCAAUACUGAUUAUAAGGGACAUGUUAUUCCCAAGGGGUGUAAGACUGGUAUCGCAAUGGUUUUUCUCUCUUUUCUUGAUUCGUCGGCUACUGAUUUGGGGCGGUCACCCGCCCUUAACCUCUUACCUCCUCAAACAUCCGUCUAUUUUUAGUUUCGAUCCGACUCGAGUUCGCCGUCGAUCUUGUGCAUUGUAACGAUGAUGGUAGCGACAAGCACCGGAGCACACAACGAAUCGAAUCGAACGAAGGCUGUAGAACUGUAAAGGCGGUGUUUUGCUGCUUAAAAUGGCAGAGAAACCGGAAAAGUAAUUAGAUUUCUACAUUUUAGGUAGCAAUGGCAUAACGGUUCCGCCACAAAACAGUGGCCUGGCUGAAAGCUAUAUGCGA